UAUUGAUAACAGUAGAAUUUCAACGGUGUAAUAAUAUUUCACGCAAAAAAACAGAAAGAGAAUAAUAGUAUUCAAACAGUGCGCUCUAUAUUAUUUGUGAUUGUUUUACAGAAGUGAUAGAAUUUAUAAUUUUCUGAUACUCUGAAGUAAAUAUAAUGAAGAUACUCUACAUUUUCUUUAUUUUGGAUAUGAUUAACGGAUCCAUAUUAAUGACACUAUUCACAAAACACGUGCUCUCACUAGGCGGUUCUAAUCUACAUUUAGGAAUGAUUGGAUCUUCUACUGCUUUUCUAGGGUUGAUUUUGAAAUCAGUUUCGGGUCGUUUGAGUGAUACGCGAGGGACUACUAAGGUUCUUCCAUGGUGUUUUUUGAUUUCAGCAGCUGGAAAUAUAGUUUCAGCUUUCAGCCCAUCAUUGUAUGUUUUAUUUGCCGGAAGAUUAUUAUGCACAUUUGGAAUGCCAGUCCAAGCAUUACUCAAUACCAUGUUAACAAAUUUGAAGAAAGAGGCUCAAUCAGCUUUCGUGAAUACGUUGGGAAUAUAUAUGGCUUUGGCUGUAAUCACUGGAUCCUUACUUGGUGGAUUCAUCAGUGAAUUUGGCAACGGAAUCACAUAUACAUAUUUGCUGAUGUCACUCAAUUUAUUGAUCAGCUUUGGUAUGUAUUGAAUUAGAUAAUAAUUA